AUGAUUUUCUCCCUAUUAGGAUGGCAAGCUACUCUCUCAUAUUUUGGUGUAGACUCUGGUUCGAUGUUGAAAAGAACGUCGAGAUCCAUCAAUCUUCGAUCUACACUAGCCAAAGCCAUGAGUCGUCCCAGGGAGAUCGACCCGGUUAAGAUAAAUCAACAGACAGUGAACAAGUGUUCCGGUUGCCGGAAGAAGGUUGUGUUUUCCGGGUUCAGGUACCGAUGCUGUGACCUUUAA